AAAUGUAGUUCUAAGAAGGGGGAAGGAAACCGUAAGCCUGCCCCAGGAGGCACUAUGCGCGUGCGCAGAUGAAGACCAGCCGGGGACAAGAACCUCCGCCGGGAAAACGCUGGGGACGCUGGGAAGGCGUCGGAUGCAGAUAGUAACUGUCCCUGUUGAAGCCUUCAGCAGUUUGGGAACGUGUGAAGCUGGCCAUGCUUCUGCGCUACUUGGUUCAUUUCCACACAGAAGCAGAAGAACCUUCCUGAGAUUGCUGUCAUCCUGCCUGCUUGCCAAGAGCUGAGGCUCCAAAGUCAACAGGGACUUCUUUGAGGACUCAUAGGAACCUGCUACACCCUGGUGAUGGCACACAGGGACUGUUUUCUUACUACUGGUCUGAAUGACUGCCAGGGAGGAAGGCAGAGGUAAAGCAGUUGGAUCCUUGGUUCUCCUCAUAGCUUCAGAUCUCAGACUUUUUCAACCCCUUUUGAGCCCAGGACAAAGCUCAUUUGAACAAAUGAUUUUGAGUCAUGAAUGAAAAAUCUUGCUCUUUGCAUAAUGAGAAAGAAUUAAGAGAUGGACAGGCACUCAGUUCUCCUGCUGGAGGCAGAGUUCCUGUUUCUUGGGGAGAGACAAACAAAGAUGUCUGUUCGUGUAUCUUUUAAAACUAUGGUGGUUGAAAGAGUAUCUGCGGGGUGUUCUCCAUCACAUGACAAGAACAUCGGUGCUCUUGCGGCCUUCAGAGGAAUCCCUAUCUCAGAGUUGAGGAACCACAGCAUUCUCCGGGCCCUGACUGCAGAAGCAAAUGGAUGGGAGCCGGGUGCCGUAAGCCCAGAGGUGCUCAGAGCCCAAGAAGAAUGGGAAGCUGUGGACACCAUCCAGCCAGACGCAGGGAGCCAGGCCAGUUCAGACCAUCCCAGGCAGCUCAUCUCCUUCACUGAGGCCCUGCAGCAUUUCCAGACACUGGACCUCUCCUCCUUCAAGAAGAGAAUCCAGCCAACUGUUCGAAGGACUGGGCUCUCCGCCCUCCGGCACUGCCUCUUUGGGCCACCAAAGCUCCACCAGGGCCUUUGCGAAGAGAGGGACUUGGUCCUGACCAUUGCUCAGUGUGGCCUGGAUAGCCAAGACCCAGUGCAUGGCCGAGUCCUCCAGACCAUUUAUAGGAAGCUGACGGGAUCCAGGUUUGACUGCGCACUCCACGGAGACCACUGGGAAGACCUGGGCUUCCAAGGAGUGAAUCCAGCUACGGACCUGAGAGGGGCAGGCUUCCUUGCCCUCCUGCACCUGCUGUACCUGGUGAUGGACUCAAAGACCUUGUUGCUGGCCCAGGAGAUUUUCUGCCUGUCUCGUCACCAUAUCCAGCAAUUCCCUUUCUGCCUGAUGUCUGUGAACAUCACGCGCGUGGCCAUCCAGGCUUUGAGGGAGGAGUGUCUCUCCAGGGAGUGUAACCGGCAGCAGGUGGUCAUCCCCGUGGUUAACAGCUUCUAUGCGGCCAUGUUCCUCCGCCUCGCGCACGUCUGGAGGACCCAGCAGAAGACCAUCUCUGACGCAGGUUUUGUCCUCAAAGACUUGGAAGUGUGGGCCAAGAAGAACCCCCGGCGGUUGCUCAAGACCCUGGAGAUGUACCUGGCGCAGGUGUCAAAAGGACAGGCCUCUUUGCUGAGGCCACAGAAGUCCCCUCCCACCAGGGACCUCAGCUUCACAGGCGUGUGUGACCUGCAGCCUCAUGCAUCCAAAGGCUCGGGGCCGAUCUGACCAACCCCAGGACCCAAACGCUGGGCUACGGGGGCUUUGGGAGGGUGUGUGGCAAACCGUGUCCCACACACCCUGACAGGCUGGCCGCCUCCUGCCUCAGGCAGCUGAGAUGAGGACAUGGCUGGGCUUGGCUGAAGAAAUACCCUCCGCGCUUGGGCACUUGGGCCUGAGCCCUCCACACAGGCUCUCUAGAGCAGGGAUUAUCUUACUGCUGAGUGACUCCAGUAUCCUGUCCGGCUCCAGCCCAGGGAUCUUAGAGGGAGUGGGUGGGUUGAGAGGGGCGGCCCUCUCUGGACACUCACACAGCCCACCCAGAAGGAGAUUCCCAGGUGGAAGCAGCCAGGAUCCCGACUUCCCAGCAAUACCGUCAUCUUCAGCUAUGGUUGAAAUUUGAAGGGGAAAAGGUAACAACGGCUGCAGCCAGCAGGGGGCAGUACAGCCCCUGGGUCGCCACUGGCCUUCUGGCCAGACGCUGGCCCCACCACUUCUCCCCUAGUCCCUGUGUGUUUCAGGGUGUGGACAUGGGCACUGGGCUAGGUGACCCCCACCACUGCCCCAUCCUAGCCACCCAUAGCUGCGGCUUCUGCUGUGGAGGCUGCCGGGUCCCUAAGGACGUCCUCCAGCCUGGUCAAAGGAAGGAGGAAAUGCUCUGCACAUCAGCAAUUUUAGA